AGAGACCGAAGCAGCAUACAGACCUGAGGAGGAGCAACACUAGCAACAACCUUCUGUCUGCCCUCCCUUUCUCUCUCCCUCCUCCAGUCCUCCCAGCCACCCAUGCUCUGUGAGGCUCUCUAUCCUCUCCUCUCCCUGGGCAUAAUGCUCCAUCUCUACUGCUGAGCUCUCCCUUACCCCACCUUACCCCCUAACCUUACCCCACCAUGACCAGUCUGAAGCGGUCUCAGACGGAGCGUUCGGUGGGCGGCUCGGUACCUGCCUCUGAUGAAUUCUACACCCGUCGCCUGCGCCUCCCCAAUGGUGGCGCCCCCCCACCUCGCUCCGAGAGCACCCACCUCACCUCCUCUUCCUCAUCCGGCUCCUCUUCCUCCUCCACCCCGGGGGUUCCCAAGAUGGGGGUCAGGGCCCGUGUGGCGGACUGGCCCCCCAAACGGGAUGGAACAGGCGGGGUGUGGCACAUCACCGUAGAUACGGACUCCCCGAGUUCCACCAUGUCAUCAGGUGGCGGAGAAUGUGGGUCAGGCGGGUCGGCCGGGGAACGCGGGUCGGCCGGGGAACGCGGGUCGGCCGGGGAACGCGGGUCGGCCGGGGAACGCGGGUCGGCCGGGAGCGGAGAAAGAGAACGGAGCUCGGGUUCAGGCUCGGCGACCACGGCCCAUAGCAGCAUGUCAGCUAAACUGGGCCACCUGAUCAGCCCUCAGGACUCGUCGAUGCUCCGGAACAUCCACAACACCCUGAAGAGCAAGAUGCACCACAGCAGACAUCACAGCAAAGACAACCGCUACCUGUCGCCAGACGGCUACCAGGGCUCGCCGCGUAAAGGCAUGAGGCGUAUCCGCCAGCGAUCCAACAGUGACAUCACUAUCUCUGAGUUAGAGGGUGACGGGGGCGAGGGCUGGUCCUUCUCUGGCUGGACGCCCAUGCAUCGAGAGUACGGCAGCACCUCUUCCAUAGACAAACAUGCAGGCUCAGGGGAGAGCUUCUUCGAUAUGCUCAAGGGCUAUACGUCCCAGGAGGCUCCUGAUCAACGCAGCCCGGCGCCGGACAGACUUGGUGAGCUGCUGACGGUGGCCCCGCACAAACAGGCUGCCCUGGAUCUACCUGAUGGACCCCUGGGUCCUACCAGAGGUAGCCCCGCCAGUCGCCUGAAGGAAAGAGAGAAACACCUGAAGAGGAGGUCCAAGUCGGAGACUGGAGGGGAGUCCAUCUUCAGGAAGCUCCGCAGCGUCAAGGCCGAGGGUGACUCGUCCCGGGCUGGGUCUGACGUGGAGGAUGGGGGGCGGGAGGAUGUCAUCGGCCCCCUUCCAAAACCCUGGUCUUGUCAGAAAGGCUUUGCCCACUUUGACGUGCAGAGUAUCCUCUUCGACCUCAACGAGGCUAUCCAGGGUCGACAGUCCGGCGGGAAACGCAAGAACACCACCACGGGCGCCUCCGCUGCGGCCGCCGCCUCGGCCUCCGCCACUUCCUCGCUCUCGUCUAAUCAGAGUGGGGUAUGCGGCGGGGGCGGGUCUCCGUGCGGGUCCCAGGAAGAGCUGAGUGGGAAGGAGGGGGGCACGGGACAGGGUGGGACUCACACCACUAACCCUGCCCUAGACCCUGGUGAUGAGAAGAGCAACGAUCUGGUGCUGAACUGCCCUUGUUUCAGGAAUGAACUGGGAGGAGAGGGAGAGAGGAACAUUGGCCUCUCUAAACGGCAGGGUAGUAUAGGCAGUGGGGGCAGCUCCAGUGGGUCUGUUGGGGGAAGUGGUUCAGAGGAGGGGCCCCUGGAGACCUCUCUCCCACACUUCACCAACGCCGGUGUGUCCGUGCUGGAGGCCCCUAAAGACGGACAGGGACAGCAUGCUGAUAGGGCCAAACGAUCUGUGGAGCACUGCGACCUGGGGUCUUAUUACUACAGGAAAUACUUCUAUCUGAGAGAGCAUUGGAACUACCUGGGUGUGGAUGAGACUCUGGGUCCAGUAGCAGUGAGUUUGAGGAGAGAGAAGCUGGAGGAACACAAGGAGCAUGGACAGCAGUAUAACUACAGAGUCAUCUUCAGAACCAGCGAGCUCACCACCCUGCGUGGGUCUAUCCUGGAGGAUGCAGUACCGUCUACCUCAAAGCACGGCCUGGCGCGGGGUCUACCCCUCAAAGAGGUGCUAGAUUACCUGGUUCCAGAGCUGAACGCCCACUGUCUCAGACUGGCUCUCAACACACCUAAAGUCACAGAGCAGCUGAUGAAGCUGGACGAACAGGGUUUGAGUUUCCAGUUGAAGGUGGGGGUGAUGUACUGUGCGGCGGGACAGAGCAGUGAAGAGGAUAUGUAUAAUAAUGAUUCAGCGGGUCCUGCUCUGGAGGAGUUCCUACAGCUGCUGGGGGAGAGGGUCCGACUGAAAGGAUUCACCAAGUACCGAGCGCAGCUGGACACUAAGACUGACUCCACAGGGACCCACUCGCUGUACACCACCUAUAAGGACUAUGAGGUGAUGUUUCAUGUCUCCACCAUGCUGCCCUACACACCCAACAACAAACAACAGCUCCUGAGGAAGCGUCACAUAGGGAACGACAUAGUGACCAUCGUGUUCCAGGAGCCGGGGGCUCAACCCUUCACCCCCAAGAACAUACGGUCACACUUUCAACACGUGUUUGUAGUGGUGAGAGCACACCAACCCUGCUCUGACAACACCUCCUAUAGGUGA